AUGGCGAUACCUCCCAUUGUAAUUGCCGCGAUUCAGGCUUCGUUCUUAUCUGGACUUUCGAACUUCCUCGCCCAGGUACUAGCUGCUUGGAAAGCGAAUCGACCUUUCGAGCUUGCCGUUGCUCCCAUUCUGCGUUUCUUCAUAUUCACUCUGAUCACUACUCCUCCUAAUUACAAAUGGCAAGCCUUCUUGGAACGAACUUUCCCUACCUACCCUUCAGAUUCGCGCCGGGACCUCAAGAAAACCGAUGAUAUUGCCCUGAAAGAGAAGGCACCUUCGUCACCGCUGUCACCUGGUGUUGCCCACCAUGAACCGAGGCUUAAGAAGAGCAACAUUGCCCGAAAACUAUUGCUAGACCAGUGCUGCGGUGGUCCUAUCAACACUGCUCUCUUUAUCAUUGGCAUGGGGCUUCUCAAUGGUAACCCCUGGGAACAAGUGCAAUGGAACCUUGCGAAGGACUUCUGGAGAUUUCAACUGGCUGGUUGGAAGCUCUGGCCGCUUGUUGCCCUUAUAUCAUUCAGCGUUGUGCCAUUCGAGCGACGGGUCUUGUUUGGAAGCUUUGUUUCUCUAGGAUGGACUAUCUAUCUCAGUCUGUUGAUCGGAGAAGUCUAA